AUGGUGCGCAGCUCUGCUCCCCACAGUGGGCUGUGUACAGAAAAGUCUUUAAAGUUAAUUUCAGACUUCUUCAUGUGCAGCUAUGACUACCAGACUCUGGACUAUGACAUCAUGCUGAUCAAGCUCUUCCAUCCUGUGGAGGUGACCGAGGCAGUCGCACCCAUCCCCCUGCCCACAGGGUGCCCGAUGGGUGGGCUGCCCUGCUCUGUGUCCGGAUGGGGCAACACUGCCAUGGAUAGCGAAGAAGUGAACAUGCCCACCCGUCUGCAGUGUUUGGACGUGCCCAUAGUGGAGGACAGUGACUGUGAGAACGCCUAUCCAGGCAUGAUCACUCGCAGGAUGGUGUGCGCGGGGUACAUGGAUGGAGGCAGAGACGCAUGCAAUGGCGACUCUGGCAGCCCUCUGGUGUGCGUAGGAGAAGUGCACGGCCUCGUGUCGUGGGGCCGAGGCUGCGCUCAGCCGAACUACCCCGGCGUCUACGUUAAAGUGUGUGAGUUCCUCUACUGGAUCGAAGAAACUCUGGCAGCUUAUUCCUGA